CUCGCCGGUAGGAAGCCGCAGUACGCAGGCGCGGCCGCCUCUGCAGAGGAGGAUGGUGGGAGUCCGAGUCCCGGUCCGGACGGGCUGAAGUGGGGCGAAGGCUGCGCCGCGGAGCGUCCGCUGCGGAGGUUCACCUGGAGCCGCAGCAACAUGGAAGGCGGCGCGGCGGCGCGGCGGCGGCCUCUGGUCCGGGCCGCGUCGGAGGACAGCGCCAGCGACUCGACCUCCGGCGGCUUCUACCCGUUGCCGGGAGACACGCUGCCCUGGAACCUGCAGAAGCACCAGCGCAUGAAGCGAUCCAAGUCGGCCUCCGGGGACGUUCUGGAUCCGGCGGAGCGGGCCGUGGUCCGGAUCGCAGGUGAGGCGCUGCGGCGGCGGCUACCAUGCCAGACUGACGCACGCAGGGCGAUUUACGCAGCGCUCCAGUUGGCGGGUUUCCUGUUAGCGGGUUUCCUGUUGGCGGGUUUCCUGUUGGCGGGUUUCCUGUUGGCGGGUUUCCUGUUAGCGGGUUUCCUGUUAGCAUGUUUCCUGUUUGUGGGUUUAUUGUUAACAUGUUUCCUGUUAGCGGGUUUCCUGUUAGCAUAUCUGUGGAGCAUAGAAGCUGAAUACUGCUUCUUCAUGGUUCUGGUUCUGGGGAAGCAGAGCAGGCCAGUGAAGGACUAUAGACCCAGGUUUGGGUUUUCACCUUGCUGCAGUAAUCAGGACGACCACCAGGGGUCAGCAUGUGGAGGUGAAUCUGGUCAGAACCAGAACCUCCAGCCCAACAGCUUGCAGGUCCGGCAGGCUGCUCCUUUAUUCCUGCAGAGGACAGAAUGGUUCUGGUCGGAUUUAAUUGGUGGGGGAACCGGACUGGACCAGAGGGAAACCGUCUCUGGUCCAGUCCACUCCACGAGGAGGAAGAAGCUCAGAGAGACUCAGAGGUUCCUCUGA